AUGACAGCCGGCAAAUUUCUAUUGAUAUCUGCGUCUCUAUUGAGUGUAUUAGAUAUUACUGCAUUAGGCUCAAUCUGCCAAUGUAACGACCAAUAUGGAUCCAUUUAUACUUCAUUACCAGUAAAAACACAGUACAAAAAUGUACAGGACUAUUCCGCCUCAUUAUCUGGACACUCUGGUAUUGGUUUAUCCGAGUAUGCAACCCAGCAAACUUCGGAGAGAGGAUACGAGAGGCUUCAGCUCUACAAAUCUGAAAACAAUCAAGAAUACUCUUAUAAAAAGCAUCUUGAAUUAACGCAGCCACAGUAUAAAAAUCUAUUAGAAGUCCAAGGAAAUAACAAACAACCAUAUGCUCAACCGGUGUAUUCUGUUCAACCACUGUCUCUUCAGUAUAAAAAAGUUCAACAAACACCUAAUAUACAAUACGCCAAAUAUACUGAAGGUUUAGAAAGUGGAAACAAAGAACUGGAGUAUUUACUGAAGAGCAACGAGCAGAAUAAUUAUCAAGUGAAGGAUGAUACAAAAGAAUACAAGACUGAACAAGAAAACACUAAAUAUGCAGUAAGCAGUCCUAUUUAUGUGGAGAAAAAAAUUACCCCUAGUUAUGAUAAUAAGAACCAGGAACAAGAUAAAUAUAUUCCAAGGACAUCUCAUGGACAAGGCAAUGAAUAUGAAGGUUAUUCACAUGGUGAUGAAGGUCAUAAAGAUUAUCAUCAUGAUAAAAAUAUUUACUACAAGUUUGAAUACGCUGUAAACGAUAAAAAAUCUCACGACAUAAAACAUCAAAAAGAAGAAAGAAAAGGCGACAAAGUCGAGGGAGUAUAUUCUUUGGUAGAAGAUGGAGGAAACGUUAGAACUGUAAAGUAUGUAGCAGAUUGGAAAAAUGGGUUCCGUGCCGAGGUACUAAAUUCAAAAAAACCUAAAAGUUAUUAGAAGCGUUUGUAAAUCAUGUUAUAGAAAAUGGUGCAUAUUGUAGUUUAAUUUAUUUUUCCUAAUUUUUUCUAUUUUUUGUCUACAUUUACGUUUUGCUCAAAAUAAUAAAAACCUCUAUGAAAAUAUACAGGGUAGCGAGAAAAUAUGGAAACACGGUAAUUGAUCGAAAACCGAUAAAAAGAUUUUUAUAGAUUUUGGUGGGUAAGGGUCUUCUAAUGCGGCCGAUAAUAUAGUGGUAAUUACACAGUUGUCAAAUCUUCCAUUUUUCUGGAAAUCUAAUGAAUUUUCUUAUUUCAAAUGGAACACCCUGUAUAUUUUUUGCGUUUUGAAGUCCAUAAGAAAUACUGAUUAUUUUUUAUGUUAUAUUACCUAUAGUAGGGGAGCGAAGUAUGCUAAAUGUGCAGUCACUCGAGCGCUUUGGGGACCUAUUGGGUUGCGAAGAGUAGGUCCUAAAACCAAAAAAAGUUAAGUAAAGUUUUCCAUUUUAGUGGGGACUUUCCAUUUUUAAUUUAAUUUUCCAUUUCCACCAAUCAUUUUUUCCGAUUAUGGCGGCAUCUAUCCAUAAUUUGAAAAAAUGUUUCGAAUAAAAGUUGCUUAUUUUUACGUAAAGAAUCGAAAUCUGGAAUAAAAAUUUAGGGCUCCUAUAUAAGAUUUUAAAGUAACCCCCGACUCCACCUCCGUGGGGGGUCGAGUUUGGUACCAUUCGAUAGAUUUUCCAAAAAUAUUGAUUGCGUGUAUUUUGCAGUUCUUCGAUCUAAUGUUUAUUUUGCGAAAUAUCGCGGGAUUUGUAUUUAAAAUUUUAAAUUUAUUCCCCACCCCUCUCCGUGAAGGGUCGUGUUUGGUAUCAUUCGAUAGAUUUUUGAAAAAUAUUGAAAACGUAUUUCUUAGUUUUUCGAUCUAACGUUCAUUUCGCGAAUUAUUCGCUUUUUUUUAACUUUUUAACUCACCCAUUUCUUUACGCCCUGCCCAAAUCGUCAGAUUUUUUAAAUAUACACUGUUUUGAAUGUCCUUAACUUACCUUAUCUUAAUCUGACAAUUUCGAGCAUUUUUAAGGAGAGAUUAUUUUUUCGGGCCCCCUUAACGAACUCCCCUGUGUUAAGAGCCAAUAUAUGGUAGAUAUACAUCUGCAGGGUAGCAGAUUUCUCCCCAUAUGAUAAUCUGACGCGCUCGAGUAACGGCAAAAAUCCCCGCUUGGGCUCCCCUACCACUAUACCUAAAUGCCAUAAUUUCGGAGUUAUUGUUACAUUUAUUAAAUAAAAAAAUUUUAAACAAAUUAUAAAAAUCAAUUUUUUCGGCCCGAGUAGACAUUAUUUUAGGUUCUUUGGAUCAUUCGGAACAAAAAAGGUCUUUCGCAAUUUUUCUCUAAAGUUAAUCGUUUUCGAGUUAUAAACAAUUUAAAACUGAAAAAAAAACAUAAAUUGCGAUUCUCAAGGCUAAAAAACACAAUUAACUAGUUUUGAUGGGAAAUAAGCCACAAUUUUACUAAAAAAUUAUUUUAUUAACGUUUCGACGCCCAAAUCGGGUGUCGUUGUCAAAAUACAAAAAAUACUAAUGAGUUAAACAAAAAUGUUGUUGCUUAGUAAAAAAUUCUUCUAAUAAUUUAUUUAAUCUUACUCAUUUAUAUCGGCAAUUCAGACAUAUAUUAUACAUUUUAAAGUAGAAGACUUUAAAAUGAUGUUGCCAAUAUUUCUGAGUUGCGUUCCUGGGACGACUUUAUUGAAAGAUAGUUCAUUCGAUUACAUGAAAUCAACCCCAACUCAAGAAUAUCCGUCACAAAAAAAUCAUAACAUGUGAUCUGUCUUUAA